CAAAAUAUCGAAAAUUCCGUCACGUGAUCACAUUCCGUUAGAGAUCAGACAUGUUGGGGUGCAGAGUCUUCUGCUGAGAAGAAAAAUUUCCCAGGAUAUGUACUUUCUUUUAACUACGAAGAAUUAUGGAUCCUGAGGACAGUCUCCAGGAUGUAAAACGAUGUGACGCCUGUAAAACAGCAAUAGUACAGAGCUAUUGUGACAUUUGUCACGUCAGCCUAUGCAAGCUUUGUAUAGGUGAACAUAUUUCAGAUGACUAUGACAAUCAUAAAGUAGUCUCUUUUAGACAUCGAAAAUCAACCUUGAUUUAUCCGAAAUGUGAAAAACAUCCACACAAAAUAUGUGAACUGCAGUGCAAAGAUUGCAAAAAGUUUGUUUGUUCUUCAUGCAUGACGUCUAACCAACACAAAGGGCAUGACUUUGAAGAAGUUUUGGUAGUUUUUAAGAUAAAGAAGGAAAUGGUUAAAAAUGAUUUGGAAGAGAUGGAAAAAUCAAUUUCUCCUUCCUAUGAAGAAAGUGUACUUGACUUGGAAAAUCAACUUGCCAACCUGAGCAGAGAAUAUGAGAAACUUACAUCAGAAAUAUCAGAAAAAGGGGAGCAAUGGCACAAAGAAAUCGACAUCGUUAUAAACAAAAUGAAAACUCACAUUAUUGAGAUAAAACUGAAACACAACGACAUUUUACAGAAAUAUUUGGAUGAAAUCAAAAAGACACAGCCUCUCAUAAAGCAAACAUUACUGGCAUUAAAGGCGAUCGAAAAUUCUACUGAAGUUUCUACAGUUAUUGAGUACAGUUGGGAAAUCGGAGAGUUUAGCAAGCUUCCACCAAGGAUAAACGUAUGCCUCCCAGAACUCAUUCAAAAACCUAUAGAUCGUGAGCAAUUCUAUAAUUUCUUUCGAGAGAUCACACCUUUAUCAACUGACACAAAAUGGGACGUGUUGUCACAAAACAAUUUCGUCAGAAAACUACUGGAUGAACCAGAACUUGUUGCAACAAUACAGACCGGAGGUGUUAAUCUACGCAGUGUAACCUGUCUAAAUGAACACACGAUAAUAACGAGUGGAUUUGCCAAUAAUAUUAAAUGCUUUAACGUCAAAAUUUCACUUCUCGAAACAAUGAAACCUAAAUCGGAUAAAAUACCAAACGAUAUAGCUGUAGACAGAAAUGCAUAUUUAUUGUACUGUGAUGGGUCAUCAGGGAAAGUUUACCAGGUAAAGAAUGGACAACCAGAGGAGAUGGUUAUAUUACAGGGAUGGACACCUAUUAAACUGUGUGUCACAUCUACUGGUGAUCUCCUGGUUACCAUGUUCAGUAUUGAUCGGUCAAAAGUUGUCCGUUACUCGGGAUCUACAGAGAAACAAACCAUUCAGUUUGAUGAUGAAGGUAACCCUCUGUACUCAGGAAAUUCUCAAAUCAAAUACAUCACUGAAAACAGAAACCAUGACAUCUGUGUAGCUGACAAGGCGGCCGGUGCUGUAGUGGUGGUUAAUCAAGACGGGAAAUUCAAAUGGAGAUACAUUGGUCAACCCUUUACUACCACGGACGAGCCAUUUAAACCAUUUGGUAUUACAUCAGAUAGUCAGAGUCAUAUCCUGACAGCAGACGGUGACAACCAUUGUAUCCACAUUCUGGAUCAGGAUGGACAAUUUCUCCGUUACAUUGAUAACUGUGAUCUAAAGAAUCCUUACGGUUUGUGUGUUGACAAUAGCGACAUGCUGUUUGCCUGUGAGCAAUACAAAGGCACUGUUAAGAAAAUUAACUAUUUGAAAUAGAGACUUUAAGACUUCAUUUUAGAACAAUGAUCUUAAUCAUUUAAGACUGAAAUUUUUGUUACAUUUUUAAUAUACACGAUGUACAUGUAC